GUAAUAGCUAUGUUUUCUUCUUCUUUCUUUCUUUUUCACUUUGCUCUUCUUAGAAGAAAAUUUGAUCCUUUGGUCCUUUAUCUUUCUAUAUAAUCAAUCCUAUAAAUGAACAUUUGUUAAUACUUUUUUUCUUUUGUGUGUGUGUGUGUGUUUGUAAAUUUUGAUGGGUGUAAAGUCAAAAACUUUGAAAGAUUCUGGGUUCAAGGAAGAUUUUUGUAAAGGUUUAGCUACUUGGGUAGAUUGAAGUCUAAUUUGGGUCUUGCAUUGGUCAUUGGGUUCUGGAUUCAGUUGGUGUAAUUUUGAGAAGCACUGUUGGAGUAAUUGGUAGAUAUGUCUAGUUAUGUGGGUGUUCUUGUCUCUGAUCAAUGGCUUCAGAGCCAAUUCACACAAGUUGAGCUUCGCAGCCUUAAUUCCAAGUUUGUUUCCGUAAAGAACCAAAAUGGUAAAGUUACAGUAGGAGAUUUGCCACCCUUGAUGGUGAAGUUGAAGGCUUUUAGUGCUUUGCUUACUGAGGAUGAGAUUAGGCUGAUAUUGGGCGAAUCGUAUGGUGACAUGAGCAGUGAGAUUGAUUUUGAGACAUUCCUCAGGGUGUAUUUAAAUAUGCAAGGUCAGGCUACAGGAAAACUGGGUGGUCCAAAGAAUUCAUCAUCGUUCCUAAAGGCCUCCACUACCACUCUUCUCCACACAAUCAGUGAAUCGGAAAAAGCCUCUUAUGUAACACACAUAAAUAUUUACCUUGCGGAUGAUCCAUUUUUAAAGCAGUUUCUUCCGCUUGAUCCAGCUACGAAUGAUCUUUUCCAUCUCGCAAAAGAUGGAGUACUCUUAUGUAAGCUUAUAAAUGUUGCUGUGCCUGGAACCAUCGAUGAAAGAGCUAUCAACACAAAAAGGGUGCUUAACCCAUGGGAGAGGAAUGAGAACCAUACCCUUUGCCUUAACUCUGCAAAGGCUAUUGGCUGCACGGUGGUAAAUAUUGGUACUCAGGACUUAGUUGAAGCAAGGCCCCAUCUCGUGCUUGGGUUGAUAUCUCAAAUUAUAAAGAUUCAACUAUUAGCAGAUCUCAACCUUAAGAAGACGCCUCAGCUUGUGGAGUUGGUGGAGGAUAGCAAUGCAGAUGUUGAGGAACUUAUGGGGUUAGCUCCUGAGAAGGUUCUACUAAAAUGGAUGAAUUUCCAUUUAAAUAAAGCAGGCUAUGAGAAAACUGUUGCCAAUUUUUCUUCAGAUGUGAAGGAUGGAAAAGCUUAUGCUUACCUGCUUAAUGUUCUGGCACCAGAGUUCUGCAAUCCAUUGACCCUAGAUACAAAGGAUCCUGUCGAAAGGGCUAAACUUGUUAUUGACCACGCAGAAAGAAUGGGCUGCAAACGGUAUCUGAGCCCAAAAGACAUUACUGAGGGCUCAACGAACUUGAAUCUUGCAUUUGUGGCUCAAAUCUUUCAUGAAAGGAAUGGCCUGAGCACAGAUAGCAAAAAGAUCUCUUUUGCAGAAAGGAUGACAGAUGAUGUUCAAAUUUCCAGGGAAGAGAGAUGUUUUCGACUAUGGAUCAAUAGUCUUGGAAUUGAGAGUUAUGUUAAUAAUGUCUUCGAGGAUGUCAGAACUGGAUGGAUACUUUUAGAGGUGCUUGACAAGGUUGCUCCUGGAUCAGUAAACUGGAAGCAUGCAUCAAAACCUCCAAUUAAGUUCCCAUUUAGAAAAGUGGAAAAUUGCAAUCAAGUAGUAAAGAUCGGAAGACAGUUGAAAUUUUCUGUUGUGAAUCUUGGCGGAAAUGAUAUAGUGCAAGGAAAUAAAAAACUCAUAGUUGCUUUUCUAUGGCAAUUAAUGAGGUUCAAUAUGCUUCAACUCCUGAAGAGUUUGAGAUCUCGCUCCCGAGGAAAGGAGAUAACUGAUGCAGAUAUCAUGAAUUGGGCAAACCGGAAAGUCAAAAGUACAGGAAGAAGUACUCAAAUAGAAAGCUUCAAGGAUAAAAGCCUUUCCACUGGACUGUUCUUCCUCGAACUUUUAAGUGCUGUGGAGCCUAGAGUUGUCAACUGGAACCUUGUAACCAAGGGUGAAAGUGAUGAGGAGAAGAGGUUGAAUGCAACAUACAUCAUAAGCGUGGCACGAAAGCUUGGGUGUUCCAUUUUCUUGUUGCCUGAAGACAUCAUGGAGGUGAACCAGAAAAUGAUCCUUACAUUAACAGCCAGCAUAAUGUACUGGUGCCUUCAACACGCAGCGGAAGAGGGUGAGGUGGCUCUAUCCCCUGCUAAUGGCAACGGAAGCACUUACACAUCAGAUACAUCUCCGGCACCAUCCAUUAGCGGUGAAGACGAAAGGUCCUCGCUGUGUGGUGAAAUCUCAAGCUUGACUAUGGAUGAUGCCGCCUCGGACAUUACAGUCUCAUCAUCUCAAUGUGAGAAUGAAGAUACUGAAAUUGCAACAGCGGAAUCCCAUGCAUGAUCACAUGGCAGAGUGAAUAUGGUUGCAGUUAGGCAGAAGAGGUCAUAAACUCAUACAAUUAGACCCUCAAAAGAGGAAUUCCUCCUUUUCUUUCUUUUUUGUUUGUUAUCAGUCAAUUGUAUUCUAGGUAGUAUUCUUUAGCAAUAAGUACAGCAUAAAUCUCAAUACCCACUUGCUAUGGAAAAUCUUAAAAAUUGCAAAUAAUGAGGCUUUUUUUUUUGGGGGGGGGGGGGUGUUGUUAAUUGAUUUGUCUCCGUGUCUUGCUGUUGGCCAAAAUCAGUUUGGGCAACUUUCCUGGGUAUUUUUAUUAUUAUUUCAUUUUUUUAAGUUUAUUAUUAUUAUUUAUGUUGCAUUUUUUA